GCAGCUGUUGUCAAUGUGGUUGUGAUUUAUCUCUAUUUCCUUUAGAUACUCUAGCACUUGCUCGCCGCAACUGAAGGCAUUGCCAUUCACAUAAAAAAAGGGGAAAUCUUGUUGCCGAAAACCCAGGAUUAUAUAUAUGCUUUGAUGAGCUAGGCAUGUUCUUUUGGUGUAGUAAGUUCGUCGUAUCACAUGGCACUGACGGUCUCAAUCGUGCUUUCGUGUAGCAUGUGUUUUACUGGGAAAAGUUUGAGAAGUGCUAUAGUAUUUGAAGCAGAGAGAGGCUAUAGGAACGCUUUAGGUAGAAAAAUGAGGUUUAAUAAUUUCCUCUUCAAUAAAGUUUCAAAAAUUUGUUCUCGGUCCAAGCACAAGUUUCCGGAAAAGUUAUUGGAGGAAGUAAAUAAUUAUGAUACAGCCAGUAUCACAGAACGCUCAAAGCUGCUGAACAAGGUAUCAGUUUUGAUGGGUUAUAAUGGCCUUCAUGAUUUAUUUGAGAAUGAAAGACCUGAUGAGCAACCUGAUAGAAAUCUCAGAGAUGCUACAGAUGAUUUUGAUCUUUCCCUUGCAUGUAAACGGUUUCCUUCCAUCACUUUGGGUAGUUCCCCUCGAGUAGAACUGUAUGAUGAGGCAACUAGUAGCUCAAGAAUAAGGGCACUAUUAGAAGCUCAAGGAUUUUUAUCCAACUCCAUGGAUGAAAAGUGGGUUGAUCCAAAUGAUCUGUCUGAAACCUGGCCUUCUUUUUAUCAACCCCUUCCGGAGACUGGUUCUUCUGUAGUAGUGGAAGAAAGUUCAGAUUUGUAUCAGUCUUCUUGUUCCGCAACUUUGGAAUCUGAAGGAAAAUCAGAUCAUCCUCUUACUGUGGAAGAAGAUAAAGAAGAGUUGGAUCAAUCUUCUUGGUCCAUGACUUUAGGAUUUGAAGGAAAGUCCAAUCAUCUAAUUACUGAGGAGGAAUCUUCUAGUAAAGUUGGGAUCCAACCACAGUUGGAUAUGACAACUUUUGAUUUUUUUCUUGAUAGAUCCGUCAGUUGCAUUCCUGGUUUAAGUAAAAGGCAAUCUCACCAACUAGAAGAAUGUGGCUUUUUCACUUUGCGGAAACUGUUACAUCACUUUCCCCGGACCUAUGCAGAUUUACAGAAUGCACAAACUGAGAUUAAUGAUGGGCAGUACUUGAUUUUUGUUGGGAAAAUUAUGUCUUCAAGGGGAAUUAGAGCCAGUUAUUCUUUUUCGUUUCUUGAGGUGAUUGUGGGUUGUGAAGUUGCAAAUAGUGAACCCAUUUCGGAUAAUAUAUACGGCGAUACUACUGAUACCAAGGGUGAGAAGACAAUUUAUUUGCAUUUGAAGAAGUUCUUCCGGGGUGCUCGUUUUGCUUCUCAACCUUUUCUUAGAUGCCUUGAAGGAAAGCAUAAAGUGGGAGAACUUGUAUGUGUUAGUGGUAAGGUGAGGGCUUUGAGUAAAGAUCACCAUGAAAUGAGGGAAUACAGUAUUGAUGUACUCAAAGAUGAAAAUGACUCAUCUGUUAGCACAAAGGGGAGGCCUUACCCUAUCUAUCCUUCGAAAGGUGGCUUAAAACCUGAUUUUCUUAGAGACAUCAUUGCAAGGGCUCUACAAGCCGUGCAGGAAAAUAUUGAUCCUAUUCCCAAUGAAAUCAUCAACGAAUUUGGACUUUUACGUCUCCAUGAUGCAUACGUUGGGAUUCACCAGCCAAUGAACAUAAAGGAGGCUGAUUUAGCUCGCAAAAGGCUCAUAUUUGAUGAGUUCUUCUACCUACAGUUGGGGCGCUUAUUUCAAAUGCUUGAUGGUCUUGGCACACAAAUUGAAAAAGAUGGAUUGCUGGAGAAGUACAGAAAACCUGAAGCAAAUGCUGCUUACAUGGAAGAAUGGUCUAGUCUGACCAAGGAAUUUUUUAAAGCUCUUCCAUAUUCGCUUACCUCUGGUCAACUUAGUGCUAUUUCAGAAAUUAUAUGGGAUCUAAAGAGGCCGGUCCCAAUGAAUCGGCUUUUACAGGGAGAUGUUGGAUGUGGGAAAACCGUGGUUGCUUUUCUGGCAUGCAUGGAGGUUAUUGCUUCUGGUUAUCAGGCAGCUUUCAUGGUUCCUACUGAAUUGCUUGCAAUCCAACAUUAUGAGCACUUUGUAAAUCUGCUAGAGAAGAUGGAUGUGGUUGAUAAUAAACCUUCUGUUGCUUUACUAACUGGAUCAACCCCACAAAAGCAAUCACGUCUGAUUCGCAAGGAUCUCCAAAGUGGAGAUAUCUCACUUGUCAUUGGAACCCAUAGUUUAAUAGCCGAAAAAGUGGAGUUUUCUUCCCUACGUAUUGCUGUGGUGGAUGAGCAGCAUCGUUUUGGUGUGAUCCAGAGAGGAAAGUUUAACAGUAAGCUAUACCAUACUUCAAGCUCAAGAACGCAAUCAGCUGAAAUAGAUGUUUCCUCUGAACAUGACACCUAUAUGGCUCCUCACAUUCUCGCCUUGUCAGCUACUCCUAUCCCAAGGACCCUUGCUCUUGCUUUGUAUGGAGAUGUGUCUUUGACAAAUAUUACUGACUUACCUCCUGGAAGGAUACCUGUUGAAACAUACAUCAUUGAAGGAACUGACAAUGGCUUUAAGAGUAUUUAUAAGAUGAUGUUAGAGGAGUUAGAAGCAGGAGGAAGGCUGUAUCUUGUAUAUCCAGUCAUUGAACAAUCUGAGCAAUUACCUCAGCUUCGGGCUGCUUCUGCGGAUCUUGAGAUCAUAUCAAAACAGUUUCCCGAUUAUAAAUGUGGGUUAUUACAUGGAAGAAUGAAGGGUGAUGAAAAGGAAGAAACAUUGAGAGAGUUUAGGUCCGGAGGAACAGAUAUUUUGCUUUCUACGCAAGUAAUUGAGAUUGGCGUUGAUGUCCCAGAUGCAUCUAUGAUGGUUGUUAUGAAUGCUGAGAGAUUCGGAAUCGCUCAGUUACACCAACUUAGAGGACGAGUUGGUCGUGGGACAAGAAAGUCUAAAUGUAUAUUAGUAGCAUCUACUUCAAGUGGCCUAGGUCGCCUGAAGAUGCUUGAGAAGUCAUCAGAUGGCUUCCACUUAGCUAGUGUGGAUCUUCUUCUACGUGGUCCUGGUGAUUUACUCGGCAAAAAACAGUCCGGACACCUUCCCGAAUUUCCUAUUGCUAGGUUGGAAAUGGAUGGCAACAUUUUGCAAGAGGCACAUGUUGCUGCAUUGAAAAUCUUAAGUGAUUCUCAUGACUUGGAACGUUUUCCGGCACUCAAAGCAGAACUAAGCAUGCGGCAGCCACUUUGUAUUCUGGGUGAUUGAGCUUCGGCUGGCAUGGUGGUUUCAUGUUUCCACACUUCAGCAUUGCGCAUAGACUACAGGUUCGGCUUGGUACCGAGUCCUUGUUUGUAUAGCAUUCAGUCUAGGUGGCUUCCUUGUUCUUGGACUGCACUCUAAUUUAAUGUGCUGUAAAUCCAUAAUCAACUAGUAAA